AUGGAAACAGACUGGAAAAAUGAGGAAUGUGAAACCGACACGAAGAAGGAGGAAUCUGAAACAGACCACCCAAAGAAUGAGAAAUUUGAAACAGACUUAAAGAAUGUGGAGUGUGAAACAGGCUUGAAAAAUGAGGAACGUGAAACAGACCUGAAGGUUAAGGAGUGUGAAGCACACUUGAAGAACCAGGAAUCUGAAACAGACUGGAAGAAUGAGAAAUGUGAAGCAGACUUGAAGAAUGAGGAAUGUAAAACAGAUCCAGAGAAUGAAGAAUGUGAAGCAGACCCGAUAUAUGAGGAAUGUGAAACAGACCCGAAGAAUGAGGAAUGUGAAGCAAUCAUGAAAAUUGAAGAGCACAAAACAGAUCUGGAGGACGACCACAAAGUAGACCCGAAGAAUGACCACGAAACAGACGUGAAGAAUGAGGAGAACGAAACAGAGCCAAGAACUGAAAAGCAUGAGGCAAACCCGAAGAAUAAUGAGCAUAAAACCGAUCUCAAACAUUAUGAGCGCGAAACGGACCUGGAAAAUGAGGCAGGCGAAACAGGCAUGAAGAAUGAGAAGGAAACUGACCUCAAACAUGAGGAGCAGAAAACAGAUCUGAAUAAGGAGUGUGAAACAGACUUGGAGAAUGAGGAGCAAGAAAUGCACUCGAAGAAUGAGAAACACGAAACAGACUCGAAGAAUGAAUGUGAAAAUGAAUGUGAAGCAGAUCCGAAGAAUGAAAAAUGUGAAACAGACCAGAAAAAUGAGGAAUGUGAAGCAGACCCGAAAAAUGAGGAAUGUGGAUCAGACUCAAAGAAUGAGGGGUGUGAAGCAGACCCAAAGAAUGAGGAAUGUGAAACAGGCCAAAAGAAUGAGGAAUGUGAAACAGACCUGAAGAAUGAGGAGUGUGAAACGGACCCGAAGAAUAAGGAAUGUGAAACAGACACAAAGAAUGAGGAGUGCGAAGCAGACUUGAAUGAAGAAUGUGAAACAGACUCGAGGAAUGAGGAAUGUGAAACAGACCCGAAGAAUGGGGAAUUUGAAACAGACUUGAAUGAGGAAUGUGAAACAGACUUGAAGAAUGAGGAGUGUGGAACAGAGCUGAAGAAUGAAUUAUGUGAAACAGGCUUGAAGAAUGAGGAAUGCGAAACAGACCCGAUAUGUGAGGAAUGUGAAAUAGACACGAGGAAUGAGGAGCGUGGAACAGACCCGAAGAAUGAAGAAUGUGAAGCCGACUUGAAGAAUGAGUGUGAAGCAGACCCAAAGAAUGAGGAUUGUGAAACAGACUCGAGGAAAGAUGAAAGUGAAACAGACCCAAAGAAUGGAGAAUGUGAAACAGACCCAAAGAAUGAGGAAUGUGAGACAGACUCGAGUAAUGAUGAAAGUGAAACAGACCCGAAGAAUGAAGAAUGUGAAGCCCACUUGAAGAAUGAGGAGUGUGAAUCAGACCCAAAGAAUGGGGAAUGUGAAACAGAACCGAUAUAUGAGGAAUGUGAAACAGAUUCGAGGAAUGAGGAAUGUGAAACAGACCCGAAGAAUGAAGAAUGUGAAGCAGACUUGAAGAACGAAGAAUGUGAAACAGACACGGAGAAUGAGGAGCACAAACACGAGGAACGUCAGGAAAGGAAUGAAGAUCAUGAGGAGUAUGAGGAAGAGGAAAACAGUCAUGUGGACAGGACCGAGUUGGCGUCUAUUGAAGGAAAGAUGAGUGGGAAGUCUAAAUGUGUACUUACAGAAAAUGGCGUACUGGAGUUGUAUAGCCAAAAUUUACAACAUUCUAUUAAUGUGCAAGUUAUCUUCGUAGCAACUAAUGACAUGAUGUCCUACCUCCGUUUAUCUGACGGAAAACAUGUCUCUCCCGUUGUCUUACUUGUGAAGAAAGAUGGCAAGCCUGGUUUUGGUGUUGGUGCUGUUCUUACUAUUCAUGAUGUUGCAAUGCAUAUAGCACCAGGGAAAUCGGAUAAGAAUGAAAAAGAUAGUAACUUAGUAGAAGUUGGGUUUAACCAGGUGAUUAUCAAAAAGUAUAAUAUACUGCAAAGUCAGUCAUCUGUUGGUAAAAUCCUUGGAUCUUUGGAUCAAUCUGCAACAUAUAGGGACGCUAUCAGACAUGUCCAAGAACCAUUAAGAUUAAAUGAUUGUAAAUUUGAAGCCUAUAUUAAAUUUGAUGCUAAAACAUGCAAGCAACUCAUGGCCGAGGGUGAAAAGGCACGAGAAAAGGGCAACUACUAUUUUAACAAAAAAGAUUUUAAUCAAGCAAUAAUCCAUUAUGAUAUAGCAAAGAAAAAGGACCCUUACGAUCACCGGGUUUGGUCCAACUGCAGUCAGGCGCUCUUUAAGGUGGGGCAGUAUGCCUAUGCUGAGUCGGAUGCCCUCAUUGCCAUCAAGUUGAACCCUUUUCAUAUGAAGGCCUAUUAUCGAGCAGGACAGGCUGCCUCAAAACUGUCCAGGAAAUCCAUUGCGGAAGUCUAUGCACGCUCUGGUAUUUUUGCAUGUGGCAGCAGUUCAGAACUCCUACAGUUAUUAGAAGAAACUCUUAAUUCCUCCAAAAAAGCCAAUAUAGAAAUUGCAGCAGCAUCAUUAUCUUCAACCAGCAUAUCCGUUACUAGCAAGUUAGAGCAGGAAUAUGCCAAACUUGGCUCUAAUACCCCCUAUACGUACAAAGUGACAAAGGGAACGCAAGCUAAUAUCGUGGAGGUCACCAUACAUGACAAAUGUGAAAAUCAAAAGGGAACAGGAAAAAAGUCUAAACAAGAGAAAGGAUCAAAGGAAAAUCUAGUACAUAUUGCAGGAUUGGCCCAGUUGGAAGAACGUUUAAUGAAUGAAGUACAUGAAAUGUGGGAUAAAGGUGAAGAGAGAGAAAACAAUAAGCAGAAAGGUAAUAACCAUGAAAAGGAGAAAAAGGUAGAAGAAAAGCGAAGAACUAAGGUAGAAGAGAUAGGAAGACUGGAAGAGAAAAGCUUCACUAAUGAGUACUUCUUGGAGUGUUUACAUAGAGCGAGAAGAGCAUAUGAGGAGAGGAACUUCAUGAAGGCAGUGAUUUUGUUUCAACAAUGCUUGGAUGUCUAUAGUCUUGAAAAUGUACGACGAUGUUCUGCAGCUGAGCCCCAUUAUGAGCAAACUCUGCAGUUUCUGGUUGCAGCAACUGCUAUCAAAGGUGAGCCUGACCAGCCCUUGGAGGCCAUAAAAAUUAUGGAGUCACUACUCAAACAUUCAAGCCUCUUCCGUAAUUCUCCUGCCGUUUAUUACUUCCUAGCCUUCGGAUACAGCAAGAAGUUUAUGUAUCAGUGCCGGAAUAAAACAGAUAUAGCAGAUGCAUUCACAAUCAUAUCUUGUAAGCAAAGUUAUCAAUUGGCACAACAGUAUACCAAGAAAUGUGGUGAGGCCAUUAGGGAGCAGAAGACGGCUCCAGCUAUUAAGUGGCCUGGCUCAAAUGACCCCAUACCAGAAACUGUGGUGUCAUAUAUGAAGGUGCUACAUCUAGACUUUACGAAGGAGAUGGAGAACCUUAUGCCCAAACACAAACCACCGAAGAUCUCGUCACAGGAAUCGGAUAAUAAAAGUAGAACUUCAAAUAUUACGGCUGCAGAAGAUUCUGUCAGCACAAAUAACAAGAAAAGUAGAACUUCAAAUAUUACGGCUGCAGAAGAUUCUGUCAGCACAAAUAACAAGAAUAAAACUAGUACGGCACGGUCCACCCCUGUAUCCAGGUGUCGGUUUAAGGAUUGCCUGUCAACGCAAGGUCAUGACAGUGCUACUGAAGAGAUUUAUGUUACAGAUCCUGAAUUUAAAGGUUAUUUAGAAGUCACAUGUGAAGAGAACUGCAUUAUCAGCUACCAUCCCUGCUGUUGGAAGGCUCAUAAAGAGUAUCAAGAGGACAGAGUCGGCAAAUUGUCAGACAAAGAUUUCUUAGGCACAGACUGCAUAACUCCAGACUGUACAGGAAAGAUUUCUUGUAUUCACAUCUAUGAUGAGACUGGAAACUUGAAAAUUGAAUUAAGUAACAAGAAAGAUAAAAAGAAUGCUCAAAAUUCUGUUAAGCAAAAGAAAAAGAAGGAUAAGAAGAAGGAGAAAGCUCAAGCAAACAAAAAUGCAGACAAAAAGAAAACUAAACAUGAGAGUGUGAGUGAAGAUACAGUCAGUACAGAAAAGACACAAGCCAAAGCAGAUAAUGAAGCUGAAAAGACUAAAGCUGUAAAUAAUAAUGAAACAAACAGUGAUAAAAAAAAGACCCCAGCCAGUGUGCCAAAUCUUCCAAUAGACCCGGAGAGCCUGGAGAGUUCCCAGGUUAUCGUCUUAAAACCCACAACGGAGCGCGAGGAGCCGACGGAAACCAAAAAUUCGAAGAAAAAUAAAAAAAAGAAAAACAAGAAAAAUAAAGCCAUCCAGCCUGAUCUGCUUGGAGAUCCAUUAGAGUGUGAACAAAGCAAUCAGAAUGAAUAUGUUGCUCGGUUGAAACUUCUAAAACAGCAGAGAGAAGCUCUAGAAAAUGAUAAUGUUCCUUUACUCAAAGUCCCCCUUGCAAUACCCACUCGGGAAACACCCUCGGAGCAGGUUCUAGAAUUGUUAGAUCCAGACAAUCCCUUCUAUCUCCCUGAACAUCUGAGGGACAACCCUAAGGCUCUAGAAUCAGUUUUACAAAGCAAGAUGUCUGCUGGCUCUUCAGUGUCAAGCCAAGUAUCUGGCAUUUGUCCAGAGAGCAUCACUGUCCUUCUAGACUUCAUGUAUGAUUGGCUGAAGUCGGAGGGACCCAUGUCCAUCACAGAUGCUCGCAUAAGACAAUAUGUGGAGGAAAACUUCCCCCCUGAAGCUAAUACACAUGUUGUACAGUGUGGAGGGAUCAAACAGUUUCUCUUGCAGUCUAUUAAUUUUGCCAUGAUAGAUGAAGUAAUAUGUGUCAGAGACCACGUUGUAAGAGCUCAAGAAAUGAUCCGGAAAUCAGUAUUGGAACGGAUGAAUACGUCACGGUACCUGAUAAGUGAUGGUCGCAGAGCCAAGAAAUUUACACACCUCUUGGAUGACACAAAGAGCAGCUGUUCUUCGUCGUCUUCUGCAUCCCAUGUGGCAGGCUCAGGUGUCUCUUAUGCCUCAACGGGACUUUCGGGUACAACAACUUCCUCAGUGAAGCUUGUCAAUGGGGAAAUGAACAAUAACAGCAAGGACUCCAGGAAGAAUGUACCAAGCAGCUUCACCAGUGGCCUUGAUGAAUUUGAUACUUCUGAUAUGCCAGCAGUGCGUCCAAAACUUAAUCCCACAGCCCCAGAGUUUGAACCUCGAUCAAAUGAUGAAGAGGAAGAGGACUUCAACAAUCAAGUCUGCUCAGAAGAUGAAGAAGAAAAUAUCAAGACUUCUAACAAGUGCUUAAGGACUUCCAAACCCUCAGAGUGUGAAUCAAAUCAGGAUCCUGGAAUUGCAACACAGGAUGGAGAUGAACUGUUCCAGUCAGAUGAUGAUGAGGAAUACAUGGACGAUGAGGAGGAAGAACAGUAUACUGAGAGCCUUGAGAACCAACUUAAACAGAAGCAAGAGCAGAUUCAGACGUUGAAUGACCGGCUGUACCAGAUGAAGACUCAGAUGGGCUUGGAGAUCACAAAGCUCAAACAACAGGUGCAAGAUAUCAAGGAAGAGAAGAGGACAAUUCAGACAGAAAAAGAGAGUUUAUCAGCCCAGCGUGAAAGUGAGGCUAAGAAGCUGCGUUCUGAAUUGUCUCGCUUACAAGAGGAGAUGAAGGCAACGCAAACACGCACUCAGUCCCUAGAAAACAAGUGCGAGAGAUCAAAUGACCGUGCCAAUGAGUUUGAGGCCAAACUUAUGGAGGAACAGGAAGUGACAGCACAGCUGCGUGAGGAGAUUAGGAACCUCCAGGAGUCCUUAACCAGCAGUUCACGACGAGCACAUGAAGCAGAGGUAAAGUACCUUUGCACCAAGAAGGACCUGGUGGAGGCACAUCUCACAAGGACAAUUACCCGCUUGACUGAGGAAGCGAGUCUGAUGCGUCUCCUGCACCAGACGGCAUCUGAUGAAACAAAGCCAGACCGAGCCACUCUCUCCCGAUCCAUCGUGGCCUGGGAUGACAGCAUUAAGAGCUUGCGGGACAGGAAACGCAUCUUCCUGGAAGAAGCUGUGAGAGUCUUGGGAAUGGUUAAUCAGGGACGUCCCCUUAAUGCCUUACCUCUUGGGGACCUUGAUGUACCAGCCAUUCCGGAUAUGAGUGUGGCACCCCUCCUCAUGGCACAGCAAAAGAUGGGCAGCAAGCCAAUGCCAAAACUACCCAUUGGAGAGCAGGCCGUGAAUCGACCAGGAAAUUCCAGUUCCUCAUCCCCGCAGCCGGUACCAGGUCCACCUGGUACAAAAGCCUUACUGCCAACACCCAUUGGACCACCUCUUCACAUGGGUGCAACACCUACUCCUCUAGAUACCCGUCCUUUGUAUUUGCACAAUGGGGUUAAUCCAUUGGCUUUCACUGGGGGUGCUAUUCCAAAGCGAGCAACUCCAGCGCAGCCGUCCACUACCCCAGAAUUGCCUGGCACUCAGAAGUGGCCAGAUUCUCAUCAGUUGUUUGUAGGCCAGUUACCAUGGGAAUUCAAUGAAGGAGAUAUAAAGAAUCUGUUCAGUCACUGCUAUGGUGAAGUGGUGUCUGCUACUCUCUAUGACAAAGGCCGCACCCCAGAGGGCAAACCCAUACCGAAAUGUGGGCUUGUUACAUUCCGUAAUGUUGAAGACUGCAAAAAAGCCCUGUCGGUAGGGCCAAUCACAGUUGGUAAUCAUACCUUGAACGUCCAGGCAAAGGAGAGCAAAAAGCCUACCAAACCACCCAGCCUUGCUGUUGGUAGUCUGGCCAGCACUGUUGGGGAACCUGCCACAGUUGGCAGUCACUCAGCAUAUGGUUUGAGUGACAUCUCUCUUAAUGCUAAUGCCGAGGCCAGCAAGACAGCUGUUGGCCCUCUGCCUUCCCCAAUACUGCACCCACCUAGUACAACCACAGUAACAAAGCCUAAAUUUCAGAACCUCACAAGUAACAAUUCUGUGGGAGCCAUUGGCACGCCCCCUCCAAAGCUGGUGCGACCACUACCCAGGCAGCCUCCUAAUGCUGUGAAAGGUGCUAUCCCAAAUCCUGCGUCCAAGGAUGACUCGGUCACAAGUACGGCCUCUUACAAGCGACUGAUAGAGAUCUGCAAGCAACGAGUAGGAAAGGAAUACUCAUCACCCGAGGUGUGUAGUGCCCUUAGAGAAGUCCGCAUUCAGAACAAUAAGAGUCUCUCAGGCCUGAAUGUGGAUAUGAUUGUAGAUCGAGUAAAGGCACACCUGAAGUCUCGCCGCCCUGGUUCUGGACAAGCUACACUAGCUCCGUGGGCCUCCCUCACUCAGUGUCCCAAGAGUGGAAAUGGUGGACCAGACUGGCAAGGCCCUGGAGGUGAUGAAGGAAGUGCACCUGAAGAACAAUGUUCCAUCUGUCUUGAAGCCCUAAAUGCAUGCCCAACUGUUCCACUCCAGUGCCAGCAUGUUUUCCAUGAGAAGUGCAUUAAGGAUUGGCUGAAACGCCAAUCAAAUUGCCCCAAUUGUCGUACGUUUGCUCUAAUGACAGACGAGUAUCCUUCUCUCACGCACUCUUAAGAGUUGGUAACUUGUUUAUUGUGAUAAUGUGCCUUUCAUUAAUAUGGAAGUUCAUUAUUCAGUGUAGGAUAUAUUUUAACCACAUCUGGAUAGUGGUUAACUUUGACUUACUCUUUUGUAUUAAAUGAAAUAAUUAAAGUGUAAUAAUUCAGUGGCCUGCAAUUUGGACAAUUACAUUGUUGGUGUGCCUUAAUUGAAAAAAAUAUAAUAAUAAAAAAAUAAAAAAUAAAAAAAAACAAAAAAAAUAAAAACAAAAAAACAAGGAAAUAUAUUUUUUCUAUGUAUCAAUUGAAUGGAAGUAGCUUAUGGAUCAGAUUGACGUGUUAAAAUGGGCUUUGUUUCCUGUUCACUUGUAUGUUUUUUAUAGGUUUAUAAUAGUGGAUGUGUAUUCCAUUGAAUUUUAAGAAUUUUUAUUUUACUUUUAUUUUGAACUGAAUAUUCAGUUUGCAAUAGUUUGUUUGCAACUUGCACAUUCCUACUGGUGCAGUGCCUUUGCAUUUCCUGAAGAAGCUGAAAUAAACAGGUUUCUAAUUUUUGGUAAUGUAUAUUUCUCUAAUAUCACUUUCAAAAAUACAGAAGCAAAAUAACA